AUGUUCGGCUGCAUGGAGGCGGCGGCGGCGCCGCGGCGGCUGCACGACGUGACGAACCGCGGGGGCUGCGCGCUGCGCAGGGUCCCGGUGCCCGCCGGCUGCGGGGGCCCCGCCCGCAGAGCCCUGGAGCCCUCCCCUGGGCGGGUUUUGGGGGACACGGGCGCGCCCUCGCCACCGCCCCCGCCCCGCGUGCACAAGCCUUGCUUCGUGUGCAGCGACCGCAGCUCUGGGUACCACUACGGAGUGAGCUCCUGCGAGGGCUGCAAGGGGUUUUUCCGGCGCAGCAUCCAGAAGAACAUGGUGUACACAUGUCACCGGGAGAGGAACUGCCAGAUUGACAAGGUCACCCGGAACCGGUGCCAGUUCUGCCGCCUCCAGAAGUGCUUCCAGGUCGGAAUGUCCAAGGAAGCCGUGCAGAACGACCGGAGCAAGAGGAAGAAGGAGGUGAAGGAGGACUUGGCGGGGGAUGAGCUGAGCCCUGAGCUGGCCGAGCUGGUGCGGAGGGUGAGCAGAGCCCACCAGGAGACCUUCCCCUCGCUGGGCCAGCUGGGCAAGUACACCACGAACUCGAGUGCUGACCACCGGGUGCAGCUGGACCUGGGGCUGUGGGACAAGUUCAGUGAAUUGGCCACCAAGUGCAUCAUCAAGAUCGUGGAGUUUGCAAAGAGGCUCCCAGGCUUCACAGGGCUCAGCAUGGCUGACCAGAUCACCCUCCUCAAGGCUGCCUGCCUCGACAUCCUGAUGCUGCGGAUCUGCACCCGCUACACACCCGAGCAGGACACGAUGACGUUCUCGGAUGGGCUGACGCUGACCCGGACCCAGAUGCACAACGCAGGAUUUGGGCCCCUCACUGACCUGGUGUUCGCCUUCGCGGGGCAGCUCCUGCCACUGCAGCUCGAUGACACCGAGACCGGCCUGCUCAGUGCCAUCUGCCUCAUCUGUGGGGACCGGAUGGAGCUGGAGCAGCCCCGGCACGUGGAGCGGCUGCAGGAGCCGCUGCUCGAGGCUCUCCGGGUCUAUGCCCGGCGCCGGCGCCCGCGGCAGCCGCAGCGUUUCCCCCAAAUGCUGCUGAAAAUCACAGACCUGCGUGGCAUCAGCACCAAGGGGGCAGAACGAGCCAUCACCCUGCGCACGGAGAUCCCGGGGCCGAUGCCCCCCUUGAUCCGGGAGAUGCUGGAGAACCCCGAAAUCUUCACCGAGGUGGGGGGUGAUGGCCCACCCCCAGACCCCCCUGCUGCCCAGGACAGUCCCCCUGGACCCCCCAAAUCCCCAUAGCCCCCCCAGAGCGGGGGGGAUUUCCAAAGCCCCUCCCAAAUGGGGUGGGACAUUCAGAGCUGCCUUCCAGGGCCCCCCUCUUUUACUCCGGGGAGGGGGAGCUCCCCAAAGUGCCCCCCUGCCCCAAAUUUGGGGAAGGGGGCAGAGAUUGACAGAGCAAAGCUAUUGCCUUAAGCUGGAGGGGUCUGGGUGUGCCCCCCAAACCUCAGCUUCAUGCCAAAGCCCUCUCAGACCCCGCUGCCACCCCUCCUUGUACUGGGGGGACAUGAGGGGGAGGAGUUGGGGGGCCCAGCCCCUCCCCCCCAAAUUGAUGCCUGACACUCCUGGGGUGCCCCUCCCACGGUUUAUUUAUUGGACACUGGGUGGAUUGGGGGGUGGACACACCCCCAUUCACCCCCCAGGACAUCCUGUUCCUCCAAUCUGGGGGGACCCCGUUUAUACUGGGGGGGGCUGCUUGUGGGUGUUGUUGUUUGAUGCUGUAGGGGUGGGGAGGGACACCCCUAAACUGCCCUCCCCCAGUGCACCCCCCCCAAACACUACCGAGACCAAAGAUGGGGGACACAAGGUGACCCCCACAACCCCCCCCAUUCUGGGGUGGGGGCUGAAGCCAUAGGGUGACCCCAAAAUCCUGGGGGUCCCCCCAGACCCAACUGCCCUGACAAAUCUCUGUUACUCCCAGCCUGGCUGGAUGAUGGGGUCUGGCCUUACUGGCCCCCCCUCCACUCACCCCUCGAACUUGGGGGUGCAGAGCCCUCAGGGGGAGCCUGUUACACUACACAGAGGGAUGCCCCCUCUGCACUUUCACCCCUAUUUAUUCCUCUGCGUUUACAUCGGGCCCCCCCCCCAGAACGGGAGUCCCCCCCGCUGCUGCCCCCCU